GAUUGAUUGCCCUUUCCCUUCGACCCGGUAGCAUAACUUUGGCAUUGAGCUUGUCGCAUCAACGAAUCCUGCUUUCGUUCUUCUCCCUAUCGUACCGCCUGGUCUCGAGCACAACAUAGACCUCACGCAAAUUGCCAACCAUGCCUGCCUCCACCCGUCUCACCCCCAUCCGUCUCCAGACUAUCAACCACCUGCGCGUCCGGAGACCCAACAAGAACGAGCCCAACGGCUGUGUCAAUGUCAUGUCCGCGAUGCUGAGUUGCUGGGCUUCGGCCGGUGCUUCUGUUGAAGGUUGCGCGGCUCUGGAACAGCAAUUGAGACAGUGCAUGGAUGCUCCUAAACCCAAGCGCCAGGGACGCAGCACCAUCAACUACCACCUCAUGAGAAUGUUCCCCAACGUCCGUGGACCGCAGAAGAAGGAUGGUGUUUUGGGUUAGGAGGCUUUCCGCUUCUGGUUGUGUUUUUUUUUUCUUUUCUCUUGGGGUUCUUUCAAUGUGUUUGGGAGCGAAGUUCAAGCUGGGCAUCAAAGGUCCUAGUGUGGUUGGGGUUGGGGGUCUGGGAGCUCUGGCGCGUCCAGGUCUAGGGCAGGAUCACCGAGGCCCGGUGCUGGUCGGGUGGAUAGGACAGGCCAGGACCAAGGUUGGGCUGAAUCAGGGCAUAUGGGCUUGUAGCUGUGGUUGCGGCUGCGGCCGCGGCUGGAGAUGGACAUACUGUAUUCUAUUGUGCUAACUGGAGUUUCUUGAUAUUUAUGGUUCAGAAGACAGGUUUGAAUUGUUCAUGA